AUGUCGUAUCGCUCGACCACAAAGCAUGGAAGGCAAGCAUCUGCCUGGUUGCAACAACCAGGUUUCAUUGGGUCAAUCGGGAGGUUCUGGCAACGGUCCUACGCCCCUGAUUACUUGGGCUACGUCUUGCUGGUUACUGCAUAUACGCUGAUGGGACUGUUUAUCGAACCCUUCCAUCGCAUGUUCUACCUUGACGAUCGAUCGAAGUCAUACCCCCAUGCUCUUGUGGAAAGAGUCCCUCCUGUCUGGUUGUUUGUUUACGGAGGCGGCAUUCCUCUUGUUGUUAUACUCGUCUGGACAUUGGUUGCACGUUCUGGGUUUCAUCAAGCUCAUGUUUCGAUCCUUGGGCUAUUGAUCAGCUUGGCACUCACGACCUUCCUCACUGAUGUUGUUAAGAAUUCGGUUGGAAGACCUCGACCUGACUUGAUUGCGCGCUGCAAGCCCAAAGAGGGCACACCGAACAACACACUUCUGACAAUCGAUGUCUGCACAGAGGCGAACUCCCAUAUGUUACAGGAUGGCUGGAGGAGCUUUCCGAGCGGCCACAGCAGCUGGGCGUUCUCUGGACUAGGCUAUCUGGCAAUAUUUUUAGCCGGCCAAAUGCAUAUUUUCCGCCCUCGAACUGACCUUGCCCGCGUACUCAUUGCUCUGGCCCCUCUAGUAGGUGCAGCUCUCAUCGCUAUUUCUAGACUUGAAGACUAUCGGCACGAUGUUUUCGAUGUCAGUUGCGGCUCUCUUCUGGGCAUGUUGGUCGCAUAUUUCUCGUAUCGAAGAUACUAUCCUUCUGUGCGCUUGGCAAACUGUGAUCAACCCUAUCCAAGUCGAUACGAGUUCGCAGUUCAAGCAAACCAAAACAGGUCAAAGCCUGACGAAGAGCAAGGCCUCCGCUCAGGCGACAGAGCGUCUGUAGACGACUCGACGGACGCCACGGAAUCAUAUCCUCUUAAUGAUCUGAGAAGUGGUCCAUGA